AAGGAACGUGAGCACGGUGAGAGAUUCAGAGCCUGUCACUGCCACAGAAGCUGCAGGACCAUGGCAUUUGUGCUGGAGAAAAUAGCAAACCCUUCCUCUCUGCUUUUGUACCUGGCUGCUGGGUUUUGUCUCAUCUACGUCCUGCUGAAAGCGAUCCAGCUGUAUCGCAAGAAACAACAGCUCCUCAAAGCUUUUGCAAGUUUUCCAGGUCCCCCCAGCCACUGGCUGUAUGGACACAACUCUCAGAUUUCUCAAGGUGGAGAAUUAAAGAAGUUGCUGUCUUGGGCAAAAAAGUACCCCUAUGCCUACCCCAGAUGGAUUGGAGGUUUCAUGGCUACCUUAGUAGUCAACCACCCUGAUUAUGCCAAAACUGUGUUUGGCCAUGGAGAUCCCAAGGGUCUUGCAACCUACAGAUUCUUAAUUCCCUGGAUUGGCAAGGGAUUACUGAUCUUACAUGGGCCACAGUGGUUCCAGCAUCGAAGGCUGCUGACCCCAGGGUUUCACUAUGACGUGCUGAAACCUUAUGUCUCAUUGAUGGCAGAGUCUACCAAAGUGAUGCUGGAUAAAUGGGAAAGGCUGAUCACAAUGGAUAAGUCGGUGGAGCUCUUUGAACAUGUCAGCUUGAUGACCCUGGACAGCAUCAUGAAAUGUGCCUUCAGUUGUCAUAGCAACUGCCAGACUGACAGUGACUCAGAUUACUACGUCAAAGCAGUCUAUGACCUGACCUACCUGGUGUUUCAUAGAAUCCGCUUUCUCCCAUUUCAUAAUGAUUUCAUCUAUCGAAUCAGUCCUCAAGGACGUCGCUUUCAGGAGGCCUGCCGACUAGCACACCUGCAUACAGAUAAAGUAAUAAAAGAGAGAAAGACAUUCCUCCAAGAUCAGCAAGAACUUGAAAAGAUCCAGAAGAAGAAGUACUUGGAUUUUCUGGACAUUCUUCUGUGUGCCAAGGAUGAAAACGGAGCUGGAUUAUCCGAUGAAGACCUACGUGCCGAGGUGGACACGUUUAUGUUUGAGGGUCACGAUACCACCGCCAGUGGGAUCUCCUGGCUUUUGUACUGCAUGGCCCUGUACCCAGAGCACCAGCAGAGAUGCAGGGAAGAAAUCAAGGAGAUUCUGGAAGACAGGGAGACUGUCCAAUGGGAUGACCUUGGCAAAAUGACUUACAGCACCAUGUGCAUCAAGGAGAGCCUUCGCCUUUACCCUCCGGUACCUAGUGUCUCGCGACUGCUCAGCAAACCCAUCACGUUCCACGAUGGACGUACCUUACCAGAAGGUUCUCUGGCUGCAGUGAAUAUUUAUUCUCUUCAUAGGAACCCAGCUGUAUGGCAAGAUCCAGAGGUAUAUGAUCCCAUGAGGUUUUCACCAGAGAACUUGUCCAAGAUGCAUUCCCAUGCUUUCGUGCCCUUCGCAGCCGGAGCACGGAACUGCAUCGGGAAGCAGUUUGCCAUGAACGAGCUGAAAGUGGCUCUCGCCCUGACUCUGCUCCGCUUUGAGCUGUCUCCUGAUCCAGCCAAACCACCCAAGGCAAUACCUCAGGUUAUCCUCAAGUCCAGCAAUGGGAUCCACCUGCUCUUACGGAAACUUCCCUGACACCGCAGAAACCAUGGAGCUCCGCACUGGAAGUCUGUAGGAUCGACUCAUUUUCAAGGGAGUGCACUCCAUGGGUGUUUCCCGGGAUAGCCCCACUUCAGCCAACCCGUUCCACAACCUUUCCUGAAUUCUCAGCACCAGCUGGUUUCUCUGGGGCCUUCCCCAUCCCCAGAGUCGGAGGGAGCAGUGUUGGGAGGAGACCUGGAUAUGGGAGUAAAGCAUCCCAAGCGCCCCCUCCCUGGCUAAGGAGCACUCUUGCCUGUCAGCGCCAUGCUCCGGGACCCGAGCUAUGCAGGCUCGAGGGCAGCGCUUCUCCCCUUUCCACAGCCCCUCACGCGGUACUGAGGGUACAAGCAGAGCUCUGAGUGCAAUUUCACGUCCGUUCCCUAAUGCAAACUGUAGAGGGCAGCACUGCGACGGAGCUAGCUCUCCUUCCCCGACAGGAGUCCAAGUGUCUCCGCAGCUCCCAUCGGAAGAGAGCCAGCCAUCUAGCUGGGAUUUAAGGCCUCCUUACACUGGGAUUUUAGGCACCCCUAGUGUAGAGACAAUUUACACCAGUGCACUGCAAUGUGCACUAAUGCCUAAGCUCCGAGGGUAGACCAAGCCCAACACUUAUCCCCACACAGUAGCACAUUGCUCUGUUUUGCACUGAUCUCCUAUCCACCCAGCCUUGCAGGGAGGUGUGAAUUCCACCACCAAGGCCACUCUCAUCCCCUAUGAGGGAUUAUCAUCAACGCUUGGCUGGGAAGAUUGAAGUGUGAGCUGGGCCAAGUCUCCCAGUCGAGAGGUGGGUGGACACUGCUCCCCACUGAGAAGCUCUGGAGUUUUGGUUUGGCCCACUACAGCAAUAGAGGCCAGUGAGAAUUUUUGCUCCAAAUCUGAACUUUCUUCCAGUGGAGGGUGCUCAGAUCUUGGCUCAGAGCUCUCUGUAAUUUAAACACCGACACGAUGCAACAUGGACAAUCAAAGAUCCAUGCAGGCUGCCUUCAGACUACACACACGGCUCUGAUUGGCCCUAAAAAGUCACUCAGCUGGCACCAAGAUACCUCUAAUUCCCCCUCUAAUCCAGGAUGGAUACUUACGUGAUCCCCAGAGUAGAGCUUCCUUGUCACAUUGUUUAUGCUAGACAGAUAUUGAGGGUUCUCCCCGUGCAUUCAUCCUUGGAAACUGCCCCUCCCAUGUAGCAAUUACAUCAAGAUACCUUCCAGCCCAGAGAAAGGUGCAGCAAUUCCCUCCUCACUUGGAGCCUGAUCCCCAGUCUGUCAGUGAGAGUCUUCUUCCCAUCGACUUCAACGGGCUUUGGGUCCUUCGUUUGGAGAACGUGACAGCUAACUCUGCCAGUUUGCUGAUUAGCAACGUUCUAUGCAUUCUUAUGCCCAUGCUAUCUCGGACGCUGUGCCUUUGAAUGAAAAAUCUGUAGCAAUCUGGAGCCGGAAAGGCCUGCCAGGGUGAGACUCAGACACCCCCUUCCAGAUGAGACACCAGUUUGCAUUCAGAAGGAAGGAGGAAGGAGGGUUAGCUUCUCAAAUGCCCUGAAUAUAGCCAUGCCCUUAGAAUGCAGCUGAAAGAUUGUGAAUUGGUCAAGAGGUCUUUACAUAUCCUUGUCAGGCUGUGAGCUGUAGACCGAGCAAACCCUAAUAUGCAGUAUCCACAGCUACCCAUCUGCGAACUUUGUCACUCACCUUCCCUAGCCUAUGCCUAGAGGAAAGCCAGUUCAACAACUUGCCGUUGGCUUUAUGUUUCUCCUCUCUAGUUCUGUAACGAGCAGGAUGUUGUUCAACUCCCGCUCUGGUUUGGAUGUGGCCAUUAUUGCAGGGAUGUCGGUGUUGCCCGAAUGUCCCAGGAUCUGAAAGAAUCUCUUAGCCUAAGAAAGGAAAGAGCAGAUGGGGUCACUGCUCCAGGUAUCCCCAAAGUGGGCAUGAGAAGGACUUUGCCCAUAAAGGCAUCACAGACCACGAAGGGGGAUCCAUGCGGGCAUAGAAUGAAUCCUCAUACCUUAGGGGCACUGGCUGUUACAGUGGGACUGACCCUUUAAGUAGCUGUGCACCUCUUCAGCCAUUCUCCCUGCUGGGUGAAUGCAUGGGAGACACAACAGCUCCUGGUUGGAUGUGGGAAAGAGAGCGAGAUGAUGACCGAGGUUCUCUCUCUCUCUGGCUGGCUGUGGGGCCUUGUGAAUAGGAAUACGUUUGUCCAUUUUUUUCUAUUGUAAAGGCUCUCGCCUCUGCAGAGUCAUGCUUGGAUCUAAAUCAAACCCUUUACAGAUUAGACACAUAGGCUCAAAACUGGGGAAAUGAGAGCUGAAUAGGCUUGCUGCUGAAAUGGGCCUGGCUUUAGUAUGAACCCGUUUUCACAAGGCAAGGAGUCUGAGUUUGUCCUGCACUGAACCAAGGAGUGUACUGAACAGAAUGUUCCUAGAUAAAGCAAGGCCAUUUGCUCCUUUCCCAUAACAAACUAAAGGGGUCUUUGUUCAAAAUCCUUUUCUGCACUGAACCGUGUUUUCUGGCCAAGUGGGUAAAGAGAAGAGGUGCUUUGGGGGCAGUCGGCAAAGGCUUUUAGAAGAAGUCAGAGAGAAAAUUCCUAGAAGACACAGACCAAUAGAAUGGGAGGUUCAAUAUAACAGAGCUAAAUCCAGCCACUAGACUAGGCAGUAUGUAGCUGACAAAACAGACUCAGGGUGAAGGCCCAGGCUGAAAGUUCAAUGCGCAUCUCAGACCUUGUUCAGCAGAAGCCAAGGACUGACAGCUCAAUAGAAUGAGGCAGAAUAUAAUAACAUACAUAAGAGCAGCCAUACUGGGUCAGAGCAAUGGUCCAUCUAGCCCAGUAGCCUGUCUUCCGACCAUGGCCAAUGCCAGGUGCCCCAGAGGGAAUCAACAGAACAGGGAAUCAUCAAGUGAUCCAUCCCCUGUCGCCCAUUCCCAGCUUCCGGCAAACAGAAUCACCCCCUACAUCAGAGAAAGGCAUCUCUACACCUUUAGAGGUUUAUUUAGGCCAUUGGCUACAGUUGAGUCCAGGGACUGAAAUCAGAUGGGGAAAGCUGUGUGUCUCGUACCUGGGACUAACCUGUGGGAAAAGCACCAAGUCAAGACAGACUUAAGAAGUAGAGAAUCAAUUCCUGCUCUGUGACUCCAGUUACGUGUCUCAAACCUGGACAGAGACUAAAACAUUAUUCCACACUCCUUAAGCAUUAGAAGCCUGGUUGGAGAAAUAGCUAAGAAGUCUCACCAUGCUAUCCAGCUAAAAAUCCUUUAAUUUACUCCAAUUCUAAAGCUGUAAUCUGAAAGCCCCCUUCAGGAGAUGAGCUACUGAAAAUAAUGACUUCCAGAAUAACUGAAGUUUUAACAUCCUGCUUAACCAAUGCACUAAGAACCUUUCGCCUAAGCUGCGCCUGUGAUUUCUGUAACUGACAGUGGAUACUGCUAACGGAAUAAAGUGGGAAAUGCUCCAGAACUUGCACCUUG